GUUCAACGGAGAUGAAUAAGUAGGCGUGGGAAUCCCUCUUCAUCAUAAUCAUCAGUCACAGAAGAAGAAUGGAAGCUUAUGAUGAAACCCCCAGUGGUUUUUUAUCAUUCUAUAUAUAAAUAUUCAUGCCAUACAUACAAAUGGCAUCCUCGGCGUCCUUGCUUCAUUACGCCACACCUCCCCUACUUAAUCUUCGAAGAACCGCUAGUUUAGGCCCAUCGCCUUCCAAUUCGAAUCCAAAUUCGCCGUCUUCAUCUUCUUCUUCUUGUUCUUCCUCCUCGUCUUGGCCGUGUUGCCAGGGAUUUUCCUGGACUUUCUCCAACUGUUUUGGCAUAAAUGGCAUCUGGAAACAUCAUAUCCUUAGAGCUCAAGCUAUGAGCACAACUCAAGGGAAUCUUACAUCACCAAGGUGUGCCAAUGGAGUGAAAGAUGAACCGGAUCAUCUUCUUGUCCUUGUUCAUGGAAUCUAUGCAAGCCCCAGUGACUGGAGAUACGUAGAAGCAGAGCUAAAAAGACAUUUGGGGAGACACUUUUUGAUACAUGCAAGCUCAUCUAACACUUACUCUAAAACCUUUGCUGGAAUUGAUGGGGCUGGAAAACGGUUAGCAGAUGAAGUCAAGCAAAUUGUGACGAGUACAGAGAGCCUUAAGAAGAUAUCAUUUUUAGCCCAUUCGCUUGGUGGUUUGAUUGCAAGAUAUGCAGUUGGUGUUCUUUAUACUCAUAAUGCCUCAAGUAUAGAUAAUGCUGAUGAUACAACAGAUUCCAUAUUGAAUGCUUCAGGUCAUAGAAUGAUUGCUGGGUUGGAGGCCAUCAAUUUUAUAACCCUGGCAACACCGCAUCUGGGAGUUAGAGGGAACAAGCAGCUUCCAUUUCUUCUGGGUGUUCCCAUCUUAGAGAAAAUUGCGGCCCCGAUGGCUCCCAUGUUUGUUGGACGAACCGGUAGUCAGCUGUUCCUCACUGAUGGUAAACCCAACAAACCACCUCUGCUUUUGAGAAUGACAACAGAUUGUGAAGAGGGGAAUUUUAUAUCUGCCCUUGGUGCAUUUAGAUACCGCAUUUUGUAUGCCAAUGCCUCCUAUGAUCAUAUGGUUGGUCGGCGAACAUCCUCAAUCAGAAGGGAGUCUGAGCUCGUUAAGCCCCCUUUCGAAUCUUUGGAUGGUUAUAAACAUGUUGUAGAUGUGGAGUAUUGCCCUCCAGUAUUAUCCACGGGAUCGAAUUUUCCUCCCGAGGCAGCAAGAGCAAAAGAAGCAGCCCAAAAUGUACCUAAUACCCAAAAUACCCUCGAAUACCAUGAAAUCAUGGAAGAGGAAAUGAUUCGUGGUUUACAACGGUUGGGAUGGAAAAAAGUGGAUGUGAGUUUCCACACUUCAUUGUGGCCGUUUUUCGCUCAUAACAACAUCCAUGUGAAAGAUGAAUGGUUUCAUAAAGCUGGAGCUGGAGUAGUUGCUCAUGUUGCUGAUAGCAUUAUGCAGCAAGAAAAGCAACACCAAUCUUCUUCAUUCAUCUCUGCCAGUUUGUAGUUCACAUGCCAUUUCAUCAAAAACACAAAACAUACAUACAUUAUAUAUAUGUUUGUAAAAAUGCAAACACAUGAAACAUCGUUUUGGUGAUUGCAAGUACCAGAGGAGAUUAAAAAAGGUUAUCCAAAGUUUAGUGAUAGAUGGGCAAAUUUUGCCUUCAUUAUUUGCC